AUGGAGCAUAUUAAAGUCGCGAAAGUAGACAACGUCGCUAUCCUCCAUCACGGAUCCGAGCAGCGGGGAACCCUACACCUAACCGCCCAUCAUCUGAUCUUCAGACGUGUCGCUUCCGAAGCCGAACAAGAAGAGCUAUCGACAUUGUCCACCCCCCAACCCCCAACCGAGAUAUGGAUUGCCUAUCCCAUCAUUGCGACGGCAUUCAGGUAUCCGUCGUGCGCGUCGGCUCCUGCCCAUGUCAGACUACGGAACAGGGAUUUCUCGUUCCUGCAGUUCCGCUUUGACACAGAUCGUGAAUGUCGAGACGUGUUUGAUUCGAUCAAGGCUUUGACAGUAGUGAGAGGUGGUCUUGAGAAGCUCUACGCCUUCUACUACCAGCCGAAGUCAAGCGAGCGGAGGUGCAACGGCUGGUUGCUUUACAACCCUGUAAAAGAGUUUGAGCGCAUGGGUGUCGGAACUGACAGGAGUAAGGGAUGGAGAAUCACAAAUCUCAACCACGAUUACUCGUUUUCUCCCACAUAUCCUGCGACACUGGCUGUUCCAGCAACAAUAAGUGAUACGACGUUGACCCAUGCCAAAUCUUAUCGUUCCCGAGCUCGAAUCCCCGCUUUAACCUAUUUGCAUCCCCUCAAUAACUGCACGAUUACGCGGUGCGCGCAGCCUCUCACUGGAGUGCGCGGGAAUCGUAGCAUUCAGGAUGAAAAGCUUGUGGCAGCGAUAUUUGCCUCUUCGCAACCACCAGGAUCUUCUCAAACUCCCGCGUAUCUGCGGAACACGACACCGUCGCCGCUAGGGUCAUCCUCGGAUCUACCAGCGUUGGAGACGGCGGCGACGCCAACUUCAGAUCCCGAUUCCCCGGUUGGCCGGGUGUACGGUGCGCAACAGCGCAACCUCAUUGUCGAUGCCCGUCCAACGGUCAAUGCAUACGCCAUGCAAGUAGUAGGCAUGGGAAGUGAAGACAUGGACAACUAUCGACACUGCUCGUCGCCGCCAUGCACAAAGAUAUACCUCGGAAUCGAUAACAUCCACGUCAUGCGUGACUCCCUGAACAAAGUGAUAGAAGCGAUCAAGGACUCGGAUAUCACCCCGCUUCCGCCAAACCGAGAGCUUCUGGCCAAGUCGGGAUGGUUGAAACACAUCGGCCUCAUGAUGGAUGGCACGAGUGCGAUUGUACGACAGGUCGCCGUGGAACACGCCCAUGUUCUGGUGCACUGUUCGGACGGCUGGGACCGAACCAGUCAACUCUCGUCGCUUGCGCAGAUCUGUCUGGAUCCAUACUUCAGGACCAUCGACGGUUUCAUCACCCUCGUAGAGAAGGACUGGGUGUCGUUCGGUCAUCGCUUCCGGGAGCGUUCAGGCUAUCUCGGCCAUGAGAAGUGGUUCGUCGAGAAGAGUAGUUAUGGACAACCGGCAGCCGCUCCAGAGGAGGGUAUUAUUGGUGAAGACGAGGACGAGUCAGCGCAGUCGGCUCCAUCGGCGCCCGGCAGAGCAGCCGCGGCGUUUGGCGAAGCGAUGUUCGGCCAGGCGAAGAACUUCUUCAGCACGGUUUCAAAUGCCAACAACGGACGCGCAACGUCUCCAGUUCCAGACAUGGAUUCGGACGAUCUCUACGACCGGCGCACCAAGGUAGCUCGCGUAGUCGAAGCUCCGAUGGUGACGAAACCGAAAGAAGUGUCUCCAAUGUUCCAGCAGUUCCUCGACGGCACGUACCAGCUGAUGGCGCAGUACCCGACGCGCUUCGAGUACAACGAACGGUUCCUGCGUAGGCUGCUGUUCCACCUGUAUUCGUGUCAGUACGGGACGUUCCUGCACAACAAUGACAAAGAGCGGCUGGACUCGCGUGUCAAGGAGCGCACCCGCAGCGUGUGGGAUUAUUUCCUGGCAAGAAGGAAGAUGUGGCUCAACGACCAGUACAACCCCGCGUUCGACGGCCAGGAGCACGAGCGCGAGGUCGAGGGCGGCCGUGUGCUCUUUCCCAGAACCGGCCCCGGCGCUAUCAAGUGGUGGGCGCAGUGCUGGGGCCGCGAGGACCACGAGAUGAACGGGGCCCCGCCGAUCAUUGCUGCUGGUGUUACGGUGGCAGACACAGCAACUCAAUCCAGUAGUUCGUCCGCUGCUGCUGCUGCUGGGCCUGCACUUCCGGGAGGAGCAGGAGUCACGGCCAUGGUCGACAGCGUCAAGGGGUUGACGACGCUGGCCGUUGGCUCAAAGACCCCCCCGGCGCGCAAGGCGAGUGGCGAGGACUUGGGAGUCGAGAUGAUGUGA